UUAUGAGACUCACGUUACUGUUACAGCUGAUAUAUUCAUUCCGAAUCUGUUGGAUAGCCUACUUCAAUCGAUGAUGGUGAUACUUCUGGCCCUCGUCACUACGACCUACAACUUCCCAUGGUUUCUCAUCGCAUUUGUUCCAAUUGUGUUUUACUUCUACAUUAUCAAAGUCAUAUCAUCCGUGUCCAUUCGUAAUUUCAAACGACUUGAAAAUGUGUUGAGGUCACCACUUAUAAACCAUGUGACCAUAUCAUGCAAUGGACUUAGUACCAUUGUUGCUUACUCACAAGAAAAAAACUUCAUUGAUAGAUGUGGUCGUUACUCGGACCCGACUUCCAUGAGUCUGUUGUUGUUUGAAGCCAGUAUGAGGUGGAUGAGCACGAGAAUGGACGUUGGGGGUGUUGCUGUAGCAGUUGUUACGACUAUCACUGUGCUGUUCACUAAGGGCACCGUGCCCACUGCCUUGGCAGCCCUGUCUCUCACGAUGUCCGUCAAG